AUGAACGAGGAAGAGAACGGAGUCGCUUCAGAAGAAAGAAAUAAAGUAUCACACGACUUUCUUGGCAACUACAGGUAUCUGUGCAAGAAGUCCAUGACGAUUCGUGCAAUGGAGAGCGCCGUAGCCAGGAAGAAACACCAAGAUGUGAACGCUACCUCCAACAGGAGGAGGAGGAAGAAGAGACCCMGCUCCCUGUGCGAACCCCUGGAAGCAAACGCGCUGAUGAAGAAGGCGAAAUUAGUCGAGCCGUACACGGACAGCACUUUAAACUCYGCGCCAGAGCCGGACCACCACAGUGUGACGGCAGUGCUCGGAGACAGCUGGGAGGUUGACAGCGGCUUCUCYGAGAGCAGCCCCCCCGCCAGCGGCCGCAGCUCCCCCUUCCUCUGUCCGAGCCCCCCGGCUGCCUCUGUGGUGGCGCUGGACUGCGAGAUGGUGGGCACCGGGCCCGGCGGCCGCUGCAGCGCGCUGGGCCGCUGUAGCAUCGUCGACUACCAUGGCAACGUCUUGUACGAUAAAUAUGUCCGACCAUGUCAGCCCGUUACGGACUUCCGAACGCCCUGGAGCGGGAUCCGCCGGCACCACCUCCACAACGCUGUACCUUUCGCCCAGGCCCAAGAGGAGAUCCUCGCUAUACUUGAAGGCAAGGUGGUGGUGGGUCAUUCCAUCUACAACGACUUUGAGGUGCUGAACAUGGACCAUCCAAGUCACAUGGUCAGAGACACCAGUACGACGCGUCACCUCCGGCGCCUGGCUGGCUUCCCUCAUGGACGCCGCUCUUCUCUUAAGCUGCUGGCCAACAAGCUGCUGAACCGCAGGAUCCAGGUAAGAGCUGUGGACUUAACCAGUUCUCACUUUCUGUGGCUACUUCUGUGAAAAWAACKGGUCAGCAAAGUUUGUUUUCAUCAUGCUUGAGAGCUUCUCUGGCUCAGUUUACCCAUUAGCAUGUUCGUAAACUCGCUAAGUGUGCUAACAUGCUAACCAUUUUGUACCACCUACUAGUGGUGCGUCGAUAAAUCAACCACUGUUUAAUUUGUAGGUAAUUUUUCUCCUGGGACUUUUUGGUUAGGGAAAAGUUUGAGUGGCACUCAAGACAUUCAUGCGUUCUUUGACUCUAGAACAGUGGUUCUUAACCUUUUUAGARGUACCGAACCCC